GGUCUAUGGUAUGUGCCAGUUGCAGAACAGCUCAAGAACCAUGUCCGCCGAACUGCUUCUUGGCUUUAUCGGCGCUGCAGAUGCUUGUAUCAAACUUGCAAACGAGGCUCUGUCCACGUAUAGAGCGUAUAGACAUGCCGAGGAGGACCUGGAAACAGAAAGUUAUCAUCCUGGAGACAGUCUGGGUGAAGCUGGAGACACAAAUUCACGCCCUCCGUCGCCUCUCGGACGGGGGAAAAGGUUGAACUCCUACGAACUGGCCCAAUGCCAUUUGACGCUGCUCCAGAGGCUCCAGGACGUCCUGUCGCAGGCCAUCUUGCAGUUGGAGAUGGCAGCAUCGUCCGUCAAGUCGGACGACAAGGUCCUGAAUAUGUUCAUGACCGGGAGAGUCAAAAGUACGCGCUCACGAAGGACACGCUCGACUCGUUGGUGGCCGAGCUGGAGGCAUGGCAGGGCCGGUUUGAUCUCACAUGGUAUACUCAAUCCUCAUCAGCGGCAGCGUGCUGUACCCGGCACUCGAUGAUUUCCGCAAGGACCGAAAGGCCAGUACGAAUGCCAUACCUUACCCCCUCGAUAACAUGUUUGCCCUUCGUGGUGCCAUCGACGCAGAAAACGCCAGCACGCGGCACCCUACUGGCCUAGCCACCCUUGAUGCCAGUCGGCUUGCCAGCAUAAAGGAAACGACCACCAUGCGCUUCGCUCAAACUGGGUUGAGAGAGCUGCUGAUCAUGGAACCUGUGGAUAUCUCAGCCGGUAUCAUCUCGCAGAGUAAGAAGAGGAAGGUGGCGCAUGCUUUACGGGGACAACGGGGUCAGUCCGGAGGAGAGAAUGGCCAAGCCGGCCUG